AAAUAAAGCCUCGAUCUUUUAACCACUUCUCUGUUAAUCGAUUUGAGAUUGAGUCUCAGCUCUAUAAUCACAUCACAGAAAGAUAAAGCCUCCAUCUUUUACCCACUUCCUCUGUUACAUGCUCUGUUCCAGCCAUGGACGUGAUUCCUCUGAUAAAGUCUCCGCCAACGAUAGAAUCUGAUUACACGAGAUGGUGAUGUUGAUCGAUGAGGAGUAGAUAGAGCGAGAGAGUACGAAAGCUUUCAACUUUGGAAGAAUCGGAGCGCGAGCAUCUCUCGUUCCCUUAGAACCGUAACCGCCGCCCGGUUAAUGAGCAACGUACCGGAGAAUACCGUAUACGGAGGACCCAAACCGCAAAAUCCGAACCAGAGAGUGACUCUGACUCAGCUGAUGCAGAAACAUAAGACACGCGAGGCGAUAACCGUCGUCACCGCUUACGACUACCCUUCCGCCGUUCACGUCGAUACAGCCGGAAUCGAUGUCUGCCUCGUCGGAGACUCAGCUUCAAUGGUUGUCCAUGGCCACGACACCACUCUUCCCAUCUCCUUAGACGAGAUGCUCGUUCACUGCCGCGCCGUUGCUCGUGGUGCCAAAAGGCCGCUUCUUGUCGGUGAUUUGCCCUUUGGUUCAUACGAGUCCAGCACCAUUCAGGCGGUUGAUAGUGCAGUUAGAGUGUUGAAAGAAGGAGGCAUGGAUGCUAUUAAGCUUGAAGGAGGGUCGCCGUCACGGAUCACUGCUGCUAGAUCCAUUGUGGAAGCAGGGAUUGCGGUUAUGGGACAUGUUGGUUUGACUCCUCAAGCUAUUAGCGUUCUUGGUGGGUUCAGGCCACAAGGGAGGAACAUAGCUAGUGCUGUUAAGGUUGUGGAAACUGCAAUGGCUUUACAAGAAGCUGGAUGCUUUUCGGUUGUUUUAGAAUGUGUUCCACCUCCUGUGUCUGCUGCUGCAACCUCUGCUCUUCAUAUUCCCACCAUUGGCAUUGGAGCUGGCCCUUUCUGCAGUGGACAGGUUUUAGUCUACCAUGACCUUCUGGGAAUGAUGCAGCAUCCACAUCAUGCUAAGGUUACUCCAAAGUUUUGCAAGCAGUACGCUCAAGUAGGAGAAGUGAUCAACAAAGCACUCUUGGAAUAUAAGGAAGAAGUAUCCAAACACUCGUUUCCAGGUCCUUCUCACAGCCCUUACAAGAUCUCCUCAAACGACCUUGACGGAUUCUUAAGCGAGUUACAGAAACUGGGGUUAGAUGAGGCUGCUUCUGCUGCGGCAGCAUCAGCUGAGAAGAUGGAGUCUUCAGCUUCACUCUCUUCUCAGUGAUAAAGCUGCAGAAACUCUCUUCAUCAUGAGUAGACCAGACAUGGUUUGAAGAAAUAAAAGUCCUAUAUAAUAAGGGUUGAUAGGAGUUUUUCCGGACAAAAAUUUGAUGUGAUCCAUAAGAGUUAUUUCAGAGUUGUUCAGUUCAGGGUACUCUUUAGCAAAAC